AUGGCUUUCUCACCUUCAGUAACACGAUUGCUGCUCGAGCAGAUCGUGCUCUUUGUGGCACUGGGUAGUUUGACCUACGGGUACUGCUCGAGUAUUAUUUCGGUCACACUCGGCCAGCCAUCCUUCAUCACGUACUUUGAAUUGGACAAACGAGCCAAUGCAAGUGAUUUGCUUGGGACCAUCAAUGGCGUCUUCCAGGCCGGUGGCUUCAUCGGAACCCUGAGUUGCCUGGGCACUGCCGACUGGCUUGGUCGCCGCAAGGCCCUGCUUGCAGCGGCUAUCUGCACAAUCCUUGGAGGUGCCCUCCAGGCAGGAAGUGUCAACAUCGGCAUGUAUAUUGCCAUGCGAGCCAUUACCGGCAUGGGGAUCGGGGCCUUGGUGACGUUGGUUCCUCUGUACCAGAGCGAAAUCUCUCCACCAAAAAUCCGUGGCCUUCUGGUCGGUAUGCACGGGACGAUGAUUGGGACUGGCUAUGCUGUCGCUUGCUAUGUCGGCCUAGGAUUUUAUUUUGUCAAUGCUUCUGGUGCGCAAUGGCGUAUUCCUUUGGCCAUUCAGUGUGUGCCACCGGUACUCCUCGCUUGUGGCAUUAUGAUGCUCCCGGAGACGCCCAGAUGGCUCAUCAUGAGAAACCGUGUGGACGAGGCACUCGAGGCUUUCAAGGCCACGCGCGCGGAAACCUCGGACGUGCUGCUCAGUGACGAGGAAGGUCUCCGACAAGACUUUGAGCAUCUCCACCGACAGACCAUGCACGAACUUCAACAUGUGGUUCCCUUCAAACGGUUCCUUGUCCAGAAAAGUCUGAGGAAGAGAUGUAUCAUCGGUUUCCUCACCAUGUUUGGUGCACAAUGUACGGCAACCAUCGUUAUCAACAACUUCGGUCCUAUGCUGUACGGCAGCCUAGGCUUCGGCACCGUUGCACAGCUCGGCAUUCAAGCUGGCUGGGUCUCCACUGCGCCUUUUGGCAAUCUCAUCAAUGCCAUGAUCGUGGACCGAGUUGGUCGUGUUAGACUACUAUUAAUUGGCUUCACUGGUUGUAUGCUGGCAUUGGUCGGUGAAUGUAUUACGGUUUCGAUCUUCCAGAACACUGGCAGUCGUGGUGCCGCUUCAGGGGCAGUGUUUUUCUUAUUCGCCCACAUCGUCGUGUUUGUGCUUUGUGUCGAUGCCACUACCUACAUCUACGCGGCGGAAAUCUUUCCAACUCCACUCCGAGCCAAAGGUCUGGCCAUCUCAUGCUCUGGACUAUUCUUCGCCACCAUCAUCUUCACGACCGCAGCCCCAACCGCUUUUGCAAAGAUUGGCUGGAAGUACUACCUUGUCUUUGUCAUCUUAACAACCAUCACGAUCGCCGUCGUGUAUUUCUGGUUUCCAGAGACACGCAUGCUAUCUCUAGAGGAUGUUCAGGCUCUCUUUGGCGACUCCGUGGUAGAAGAAGGCAUUGCUAUGGAGCAGUCGACUUCCGGCCUGGAGAAAACAACAGCAGAGUACCCUAAAGAGCGGCUUACGACCGUGAGCUCACUUGCGAAAUCCACAGAUCACUAG